AUGACUGCGCCCUCGUUUGAAUUAGCUGACGAGAUCUCCAAAAGUUUGCAUGACUGUGAAGUCAUGUGGGCCAAAUUUGAAAGUUUCAUGCUGGAGCUAGAAGAAUUUGCUAAAGAAGACUGGAUUUCUUUCAAAUCUAAGACUUACUUAUUCGACGAAUUCCUGACGCAAUGGUUCAACCUGCUACGAACAAGUGAGGUGAAUCCAGUGUCUGUUAGAAUCCAACGGGAAAUUGACCAGUAUCGUGUAAGUCCAUCAGCCUUUUUCCAAAUGGUAUCUAGCCUCGAAUUUCUGAAUAAAACUACCAACCAGUUGGAACCAUUUCCACCUCGUCAGCUUUCUGUUCCACAAAAACGAGAUCUUCUUGGUCCCUCCUGCCCCUCAGUUCGUUAA